AUGCGCUCGCAUCAGCUUGUUGUACGUGCGCAAUGCACUGUGAGACUCUCUCAUAGACCAGCUCUACAUGUGAAAUGUCUUUUGUCUCGAUACCCAUCUAAGCGGUUCAACAGUCAUGUUGCGCAAAGCAAUCGCCCGCCCCGUGUGGCCAUCAUUGGCUCCGGCCCAGCAGGCUUCUAUUCAGCCUAUCGCCUCUUGGCUAAGCGCGAGGAUAUGCUGAUUGACAUGUAUGAGAAGUUUCCCACUCCAUUUGGACUAUCGAGAUAUGGCGUUGCCCCGGAUCAUCCCGAGGUUAAGAAUUGUGAAGACAAGUUUAUGGAGGUCGCUUCAUCGCUGAACCUCAACUUUGUUGGAAAUGUUGACGUCGGAAACGAUCUGCCGCUUGCCGCACUCAAACCUCACUACGAUGCCAUCCUAUUCGCAUAUGGAGCCACAAAAGAUAAAGAGCUCGGAAUCCCAGGCGAAAAUACCUUGGAUAAUGUGCACGCAGCACGUGCCUUUGUUGGGUGGUACAAUGGCCACCCCGAGCACAGGAACCUUGACCCGGACCUGAGCGGGGAGACUGCUGUGAUUGUCGGACAAGGGAAUGUUGCACUUGAUGUUGCUCGAAUCCUUCUCUCCGAUGUCAGUACUCUUUCAAAGACUGAUAUCACAGAAUACGCUAUAGAGAAGCUUUCCCAGAGCCGCAUCAAACGGGUUCACGUUGUUGGUCGCCGUGGACCCCUGCAGGCUGCAUUCACAAUCAAAGAACUACGGGAAAUGCUCCAGCUUCCGGGGGUCUCAUUUGAUCAGAUUCCCAAGGAUGUCUUCCCACCAGACAGUGUGAUCUCGGGAUUGCCCCGAGCACAGAAGCGUAUCAUGCAACUGCUAGGCAAGGGAUCAAGCAAUGACCCUAAAACAUCUCCAAAGUCGUGGUCAUUGGAUUUCUUGCUCGCGCCCGACUCUCUUCACGGGUCACCCGAGCACCCGGACCAUGUCUCAAGUGUUAAGUUCUCCUGUAAUGAACUCGACCCCUCAGAUCCCCACAGUCCCAGCUCCAAGGUUAUCCCCAAGACUUCUUUCGAUGGCCAGCGGGACCAUGUCGAUAUCCCGGCUAGUGUUUUCUUCCGUAGCGUUGGUUACAAAUCCCUUCCUCUUCCCGGGAUCGAAGAUCUCGGCAUUGAUUUCGACACCCAGCGCGGAAUUCUUCCAAAUGACGGCUUCGGUCGUAUCACAAGUCUCACAAACAAGGGCAAACCCGAAGAUUUACCAGAUGGGUCUCUCAUUUCCCAUUUGCCUGGACUGUACUGCGCUGGUUGGGUCAAGCGGGGCCCGACUGGUGUCAUUGCCUCGACGAUGACAGAUGCGUUCACCACUGCGGACAGCAUUGUGCAGGACCUUGCCAAAAAUGGCGAUUCCAAGUCCCUACUUCAUUCGCCUAACCAAAGUAGUGGGCUAGGUUGGGACGGUGUGAAGGCCGAGGCCCAGCGCCUUGGCUUGCGUCCGACUUCCUGGGAGGACUGGUUGCGGAUCGACAAUGAGGAAAAGAGACUCGGUGGACUUGUGGGCAAGCCUCGAGUCAAACUUGACACGUGGGAUACUAACAUCUUCCACGAAAUAAUUGGCGGGGGUAUAAUCUUUCACUAG